AUGAGCGGCGGGCGUAGCGGGCGAUCCGCCGUGAAGAUGGAGGCGCCGUUUUACCCCGAGGAAGGACUGGAGCUGCUGCCUGACUUCGUGCCGCUGCCGGGUUUCGGUACCGCCGGCGGACCCGGAGCCGAUGCGGCGGCGGCGGCGGCGGCGGCGGGGCAGAAGCUGCUGCUGGGCGCCGGGAAGAAGCGGGACCUGGCGGCCACCGCCCCCGGGCCGCUCCCGGGGCCCUUCGCCCUUCGUCCGCCCGCCGGCGCCCGCGGAACGGCGGCGGCCCGCGGCGGCCCGGAGGCCGCGCUGGGCUCGGCUGCGGAGCUGCCGCUGCUGAAACUACCGCCGGCCGCCGACCUGGAGCAGCUGCUGAUCCAGGGGGGCGCGGGGCUGGGGUCCGGCAGCCCGGGGCCGGCGGCGCCCGGGGCGGGGAGCGGCGGGGCAGCGGCGGCGGGUCCGUUUCUCUAUCGGCAGCCGGUGACGCAGGAGCAGGAAGGUUUCGCCGACGGCUUCGUUAAGGCCCUGGCCGACCUGCACAAGCAAAACCAGCUCCUGGCGGCGCCGCCGCCGCUCUCCACGCCGGGACCCUGCUGCACUGCCCGCCCGGGGCCGCCGGGAGCCCCCGCCACCGCCGACCCGCCGGCCGUCUACACCAACUUGAGCGGCUUCAACCCCGCGGGGCCGCUGAGCCCCUCGGGCAGCGCCUACCCCGCCGCCUCCGCCCCGCCGCCACCGCCGCCGCCGCCGCCGCCGCCGCCGGGCCUGGCCUUCGGGGCGGCGGGUCUGGGGAGCGGUCGGCUGCCGCCGGCGCGGUCCCUGGAGGAGCCGCAGACGGUGCCCGAGGUGCCGCCGUCGGCGGGCGGGGAGGGCGGCAGCAGCGCACCGACGCCGCCGUCGCUGUCGCCGCUGGACGCGGAGAGCCAGGAGCGGCUGAAGGCGGAGCGCAAGCGGCUGCGGAACCGCAUCGCCGCCUCCAAGUGUCGCCGGCGGAAGCUGGAGCGCAUCGCCCGGCUGGAGGAGAAGGUGAAGGCGCUGAAGGGGCAGAACGCCGAGCUGGCCGCCACCGCCAACCUCCUCCGCGCCCAGGUCACCCAGCUGCAGGGCCGCGUCCGCAGCCACCUCUCCUCCGGCUGUCACAUCAACGCCGCCGGGCAUCCGCCCCCCGCCGCCGCCGCCGCCGCCGCCGCCGCGCAGCCCCGGGAGGCGCCCCCCGAGGCGGCCGCCGCGCCGGAGACCAGCGCCUGCUGA